AUGGAAGAAAAGAUACUAUUUGAAAAAUAUUACCAUGAAUAUAACGCAUUUAGACUUCAUUUUAAUAUAUUAGAUUCAACACAAUUAUAUUGUAAGAGAAAUAUGAAAUUAUUUCUUGAAAGUGGGAAAUUAAAGAAUGAUAAUAUGAUUAUUGUCAGUUGUGAUUCUCAAACAAAAGGAAUUGGAACUAGAGAUACAAAGGAAAAUGUAGAUAGAAUGUGGCUAUCUGAAAAAGGAAAUAUUUUUACAACUUUUGUUUUCUUAUGGGAUAAAAAAAAUUUAGAGAAAACUAGUUGUUUAGCCCAAACUUCUACUGUUGCAGUGAGCAAAACAUUGGAAUUUUAUAAUUUAAAAACUCAAAUAAAGUGGAUAAAUGAUGUUUUAAUUAAUAAUAAAAAACUUGCUGGUUGCCUUGUUAAUUUACAUUACUUAGAUGAUUCUUCAUUAGAUAAUUAUGUAUGUAUUAUGGUAGGAAUAGGAGUAAACGUAGAAUUAAUAGAUGAUAAAAAUAUAUUAAAUAAUAAUUUUACAUCAAUUAAAAAGGAAUUAGAAGAAGAUUUUAAUAAUCCCAGCUCAAUUCCAUCAGUAGAAGAUGUUAUGGAAAAAUUAAUUGAAAAUUUUCAUCUAGCUAUUAAUCAAUUAUACAAUGAAGGAUUUUCAUCACUUUUAGAUUAUAUAUCACUACGUCUUCUAUAUAGAGAAAAAAAAGUAUUAAUAGAUCAGGAUAAUAAUAAAAUUUUUGGCUAUUUAAAAGGACUAGCUAAUGAUGGAUCUAUUUUAUUAUUAGAUGACAAUAAUCAAACUAUUAAUGUAAAUAAUGGGCAUUUGUUUCCUUACGAAAAAAAUUAA